AUGACCCGUAUUCGUAUGGUAUGGGCUAGAAUAUGGUCUGUUUUGGCUAAUCAUUUUAUUGCUGCCGGAAGCCAUCAUGAUGAGAAGAUAGCAAUAUGGAGUGAAAUAAUCCAAAGAUUAAUCGUGGAUUGUGUUGUUCAGAUGAUAAAAUCAAAAGUUGAAAGCAUUAUAUUUGGUUGGAGAAGUGUUUUCAUGAUUUUCACAACUGCUUCAGAUGAUGAUCUGGAACCAAUUGUCAAAAGUGCUUUUGAGAAUGUAGAAUAA